AUGAUUAAUGAGGAGAAAGGCAAGACCCAAAGCUUUGGUCACUACGCGGAUUAUUGUCAUACCCCUGUGGGUAUUCCAGAAGAUCGUAUUUGCUCUGAGGAGCACGCUUACGAAGCUAUUCAACGUAUUUAUGCGGAUAUGUGGGAUCGAGACAAAUUUAGCCGGCAUUUUAAUAAUUGCCGUCAUUGGAGCGACAUGUUUUGGUGGAAAUUGCAUCCAGAAGAGUACAAACGCAAGAAGGCUGCUGAGGAGACCAUGGGUGGACGUUCCUUAAAGGCCUAA